AUGCGCUCUGCGCAUCCCCCACGACAGGCACCACCAGCGAGUAAGGCCAGGGACGAGCGCCUGAAGCCGCGGGCGCCGCGCUUUGCUACCCCACGGUCUCCCUCGAGCAGGAACGCCUCUAGCAGGGCGAGUCAAUCCCUGCCGGUGCCGGAGAGGGGACCGUCAGGCUCGUCGUCGCCACGUGACAGGCGCGCCACUGGCGCCAUUCUGGACGCGUCGCCCAAGAGCCCAUCUUCAUUCUGGCCUUCUGUGGACCAGUCGCACCACUCGAGGCCCCGGUCACCCAGAGGAUCGCCCACGCUUCGAAUCAGCUCCAUCAGCGGUGCCGCUACACGCGCCUCCAAAGGAUCCCCACUUCGUGGAACCACACCUCCGAGAGCCAAUGGUCCUUCAAUUGGGGAGUCAAGGUCAGCCCUGCACUCACCGCUCGAUUCGUCCAAGCAAAGCAACGGUCCCAGUGAGAGCGUAGUCGAGCGGCGCUCCAGGGGGACGCCGUCCCCCGGAAAAGGGUUACCCUCACCACGGGCUACUCCUACUAACGAAAUCGCACCUAUGGCUAAUACCGAGUCACUGAAGACAGGGCAAUGCACGCCAAAGCAAAGUCAAAGCAGCGGCCAGCACCCGUAUUUGCCGUCAGGCCCGUCAAGCGUGUCCUCGCAACUCAGCCAAGUGUCGCCGAGUGGAGUGGAAAGCCCAGCGACGCCGUCGCAGAUAGGCACCAUGGGAUCUAAACUUGAACAUCCUAGCUUCUUCAAGUCGUACGCUAGCGAGACCCAAAGGUCCGGUCACGAGCGCUCGUCGGUCGCCCCUUCCGACGGCAACGAACAUCUUGAGCUUGGCACCCACCAAAAGAACGCCCCUUUGAACGCGACAGGGUCACCGGCUCCCGGAAGACAAGAUGAUACUGCCACUGAAAGAAAAAUUGAAGCCAGCAACACUUUGUGCAGGCGGAUCCAAAAGGUGCUCAUAUUAGGCGCGGCCUACACGUCCAUCAUCGCGGGAGAGUGCGGCUGGAGGGGAAGCACAAGGGUCAUCAUCAACGACUACUAUGCCAACCAAAAGAAGCCGAACCCUUUGAACGCGGUGGUAUUUGGGUGCUGCCUGGUUCCCGCGUCGCUGGUAUCGAUCAUGCUCUUCUUGAUCUUUGUGUAUCACUUCUACCUCAGAGACGUAGACGUGGCCCCAACGCCGGAAUUACGCGCCGCCAUUCACGACAUCGGCAAGGACAGAUGGCAAUACGAAGACCGAUUAUCGAUGAGGGAAGUGAUGGUCAUCCUGUUGCUCGUCGCAAUCGGUAUCUCACUUAUUGCAGACACGGACAAGCACAUCGGGAUUGACUCCACCACGGUGACGUCGUUGUGCGCCGUGGUGGCCGUGGGCAUCCCGCAGAAGCUGGGCAACCUUAUGCUGGCCGAACACGUGGUAACAUGGCAGCUCGUACUCCGUCGCCUGCCCUGGGAACUGAUCCUGGUGCGACUUGGAGGAAGCGCUCUGCAGGUCGUCGCCGAGCGUUCGAGGGUGUCCACGUGGCUGCUGGAGACUUUACUGCGACACGUGAACACGCGAGUGCACCCCGCCUGGUGCCUCGUGGCGUUGAUGGCUGCGACGGCGCUGGUCUGCGAAGUGGACACCGGCAUUGCCGGAUUCCCGCUCGUCCACAAGCUGAUACUUCUGUCGGAGCGCUUCCAGCUGCACCCGUUGUACUUCCUGUUGCCCGUGCUGAUGCAGUCUCGCUGCGUGCUGCUGGUGCCAUACACGAGCACGCCCCUCGCCUUCCUACACCUCUACACCCACAUGCGAAGCGCGGAACUGUACUGGCUGGGAUUGCUGCUCAAGGUCAUCUUCUGCGUGGCAUUUGUAGUGGCGGCCAACACUAUGCUUUUCGUCUAGCGGCCAGCUUGUCGGCAAACUGUUCUUCUGCACCGACGAGCUCAUUUUUAAUAUUUCGCGGGCGACGCUCUUGUGCUCGCGGACAUCCCAACGGAAACACAAUUUCUGACGUUCUGGGAUUCCAUGAAUGAGGAACCUGACGUUCUUGCCCCUCUUGAAAACGUGAAAGACUUUACACUCGUUUACUUUACAGCGAAUACGGUAGCACCAUGUUGACCAUUUUCUUUUCUGUAUUACGCCGCUCUUAGCUUGUUUCAAGGAUUUCUAUUGACGAAAGUGUCAGUAAGCUUUGCAUCGCUAGCGAACCGCUACUUUGCGGCAUGGCAUUUCUGGAAUUCAUAAAUCCAUCGACACAUGACUUGACGAUAACAGCGAAUGCUCUAAAGAUGGUCAUACUGACGACAACGAAGAACUGACUUGGCGGACCAGGCAUCCAUUAGUGGAUUCCCAUUAUAUAACUGCGUUGCUGUCACGUGUUGAUAAAACGCUUUAGUGCUUUAGUAAUGGUCCGUUUGAAAGUACCAUAUAGCGCACUUCAGACAGGAAAUCGACAACAAGCAACGAGUUCCUUAAUGAGAAUUUGGUGCAGCCGUAGCUGCUUGAUACAUUUAACAUUUUGUCAGCUUUUUGUAUUGCUAUUGCUGUUGUGCGCAGAGGUUCACGCACUAUGAUUUGUCAGCUGCCAAAUCAAUCCAUCAAGUUGACGUAUUUGUGAAGCCAAUAAAUUGUUAUUGCUGA